AUGUCGGCCGCCACUACGCUCGACACCCUCAUCGCGGCAAUCAAAGGCCAGCGCCUCCAGCGGCAGCUCCUCUCUGAGAAGCCCACUGUCUUUGGGCUCAUCUUUGUCGACGCACACGAACACCCACUCCCAGACCAGCCACUUCAUUUUGAGUUCCUGGGCAAUGGCGCCAAUAAGAGCGUGUUCGCCGUCACUGUCGGCGGCACGCACAAGACUCCCACCGACUGGGUGCUGUGCGUGCAGAACAGCAUGCUCACCCCGGCGACCAAGGAGUUCGCAGGCGAGACAGGGAUACUCGCCUACGUGGGCAGCAAGGGCGUGCGCGUGCCGCGGCCCUUCGAGACACCACUGCCCAAGGACUUCAUUGUCGACGUGUUAUUGAGUAAUGACGAAGACAGCCAUCACGUGGCGGGGUGUGCGUUCUUCAUGCAGCGCCUCGAUAUCGGUGGGCGAUUCAUCGAGAUGCGCAAGCUCGAUAAGCCCGAGGACUUUAUGAAGAAGUGCCUAGGCGAGAAGGACGCCAUCAAGCACGUAGCCACCACAAUCGACGCGGUCAAGCACAUCAGGACGGUGUUUGAUGCGAACCCGUGGGCCGACUUCCAGGUGCUAUACGACAAGGCUGAUGGCGGAUUGAUGGUCUUUGACCCGUGGCCGGACAAGGCCGGCAUCAAGCAGAAGGCGGUUGAUGAUAUGCUGGACAAGUGGCUGCACGAUCUGGGCGCUGCGGUCAAGCACUAA